UCCCUUCCUACCAUCUCCGCACUAUUUAUACCACCAGAAGGCUGCUCACACUUCAGACAUUCUUACUUAUUAAAACGUCUCCGUCCAAAAAAAUGGGAGAAAGGCUUCGCGUGGCAGUUGGAGUGAUGGGGAAUGUGGCUUCGACAUUACUUUUUGCUGCACCGAUAUUAACUUUUUCAAGGGUCAUAAGAAAGAAAAGCACCGAGGAGUUUUCUUGUGUUCCUUACAUCAUUGCUCUACUGAAUUGCUUACUUUAUACUUGGUAUGGCUCGCCUGUUGUAAGCCUUGGGUGGGAAAAUUUAUCUCUGGUCACCAUUAAUGGCGCAGGCAUUCUUCUUGAAAUCUCCUUCAUUCUCAUAUUUUUUUGGUUCGCUUCGGUCAGAGAUAAGAAGAAGGUAGCUAUGAUGAUCGUACCUGCUAUUUUAGUUUUCUGCGUCACCGCAACAAUAUCAGCUUUCCUAUUCCAUGGUCACCACCACCGCAAGGUGUUUGUUGGGAGCGUUGGACUCAUAGCCUCGAUGGCAAUGUACGGCUCACCUUUGGUUGUCAUGAAGCGAGUAAUAAAAACGAAGAGUGUGGAAUUUAUGCCGUUCUACUUGUCAUUUUUCUCAUUCCUAGCUAGUACUCUUUGGCUGGCCUAUGGACUGCUGAGCCAUGAUAUAGUUCUUGCGUCUCCAAAUUUUGUUGGCACCCCUUCGGGCAUUCUCCAGCUUGUGCUGUACUUUAUGUACAGGAAGAAGGGCAUCAUGGAAGAACCCCACAAACCGGAUAUAGAAAAGAAUGGUGAGAAAAUCAAGCAGCAGUUCCAGACCUUGGAUACUGAAGAUAAUAAUGGCAAGAUUUGAAGAAUUGGUUACGUGAAGGUGUACUUGGAUCUCUCUCUUUAUUAGCCGUGCCCCAGAUUUUGAGUUACUGGAAGUCACAGUUCAUUAGAAAUCUUCAAAUAAACAAACGAUAGAUAAUGCAGUUUGCAAUUAUCAUGCAAUUCAUGCGUCCAAUAAAGCGCUAAGAGCAACUAAAUUUGUAUUGCUAAGACAGCUAGAG